GGGCCUCUGGGAAGUGUAGUCUGCGAGCUUGCUGAGACCCCGGGAUUGCAGGAGCGAGGCUCUGCGCGCGCAGGCGCACUUCCGGUUUUACCCCGGCGCUGCAGCCAUUGUCCGGCCCCGGUGCGGCUAAGGCCGCUUUGGGCCGCCCCGCUGCACAUCAGAAUUGGAGAGAACUGAGCUUGCAGCGGGGCCGAAGGAACCUGCCCGAGCCCUGGGUGAACCUGCAGUCGCAAAAUCCAGAGACCCCAGGAAGCGGCCCUGUUUGGGAACCAGGCCCCAGCAAGGCAGGAAUGGCCCCGAGGCCUCCAAAGGCAACGCCCCAGGAAUCAGUGACAUUCAAGGAUGUGGCCGUGGACUUCACCCAGGAAGAAUGGCGCCACGUGGACCCUGCUCAGAGGCGCUUGUACAGAGAUGUGAUGUUGGAGAACUACAGCAACCUGGUUUCUCUUGGAUAUCAAGUUUCCAAGCCAGAGGUGAUCUUCAAAUUGGAGCAAGGAGAAGAACCAUGGCUAUCAGAGGGAGAAAUCCAAAGACCUUUCUUUCCAGACUGGAAGACUAGGCCUGAAGCCAAAUCGUCAAAUCUGCAGCAGAGCAUAUCUGAAGUAUCCUUUAGCACAGAUGAGCUCUCACAUGCCACAUUAGAAGACGCUUGGGAUAUGAGUAGUCAGUUAGAGAAACAGCAAGAAAACUGGAAGAGAUAUCUGGGGCCAGGUGUAUCCACCCAGAAGAAAAUAAUCACACCAGAGGAAAGUUUUGAGCAAAACAAAUUUGGUGGAAACUCUAGAUUGAAUACAGACAUGGUUACACAACUGAGCAUUCCUUCAAAGUCUAAUGAAUGUGAUACUCUUGGAAUCAAUUUGGGACAUAAUUCAGACUUACUUGAUCAGAAUAAUAUUCUUGCAAAAAAGAAACCUUAUAAAUGUAAUAAAUGUAGAAAAGCUUUUAUUCAUAGAUCAUCACUUACUAAACAUGAGAAAACUCAUAAAGGAGAGGGAGCUUUCCCCAAUGGUACAGAUCAGGGAAUUUAUCCUGGAAAGAAACACCAUGAAUGUACUGACUGUGGAAAAACCUUCCUCUGGAAGACACAACUUACUGAGCAUCAGAGGAUUCACACAGGGGAGAAACCCUUUGAAUGUAAUGUGUGUGGGAAGGCCUUCAGGCACAGCUCAUCCCUUGGUCAGCACGAGAAUGCUCAUACUGGAGAGAAACCCUAUCAGUGUAGUCUCUGUGGGAAAGCCUUCCAGCGCAGCUCCUCGCUUGUUCAACACCAGAGAAUUCACACUGGAGAGAAACCCUAUAGAUGUAACUUAUGUGGAAGGUCAUUUAGGCAUGGCACGUCCCUCACUCAACAUGAGGUCACACAUAGUGGAGAGAAACCCUUCCAGUGUAAAGAAUGUGGGAAAGCCUUUAGUCGAUGUUCUUCCCUUGUACAGCAUGAGAGGACUCAUACAGGAGAAAAACCUUUUGAAUGUAGCAUAUGUGGGAGGGCUUUUGGUCAGAGCCCAUCCCUUUAUAAACAUAUGAGAAUUCAUAAAAGAGGCAAACCUUACCAAAGCAAUAACUAUAGCAUAGAUUUCAAGCACAGCUCAUCUCUUACUCAAGAUGAAAGCACCCUGACUGAAGUGAAAUCCUAUCAUUGUAAUGACUGUGGACAAGACUUCAGUCACAUUACAGACUUCUCUGACCAUCAGAGGAUCCAUACUGGAGAGAACGCCUAUGAUUGUGAGCAGGCCUUCAGUCAACAACCUAUUUCUCAUCCUGGAGAGAAACCCUAUCAGUGUAAUGUAUGUGGAAAAGCUUUCAAAAGGAGUACAAGUUUCAUCGAGCAUCACAGAAUUCAUACUGGAGAAAAACCCUAUGAAUGUAAUGAAUGUGGAGAAGCUUUCAGCCGACGCUCAUCACUUACUCAACAUGAGAGAACCCACACAGGAGAGAAACCCUAUGAAUGUAUUGACUGUGGGAAAGCCUUCAGUCAGAGUUCAUCCCUCAUUCAGCAUGAGAGAACUCAUACUGGAGAAAAACCCUAUGAAUGUAAUGAAUGUGGGCGAGCCUUCCGAAAGAAAACCAAUCUGCAUGAUCAUCAGAGGAUUCAUACUGGAGAAAAACCCUAUGCUUGUAAGGAAUGUGGGAAAAACUUCAGUCGAAGCUCAGCUCUCACUAAACACCAGAGAAUUCAUAUGCGAAAUAAAUUCUAGGAACCCGAAAUUAAACAAUGUGCAGAAAGCUUUAGCUAAAAUAUUCUUACUCAGUAUCAGAGGAUUCUUACUGGAGAGAAAGCUUCAGAGUGUAAUGAAUGAUAUGUGUGUUUCUGUGUUGUGUGCAGAGAAGACUGUGCUCCUGAAUAGUGUUUUUUUGUUUUUUUGUUUUGUUUUUUUUUUUAAUAAAAGCUACAUUCACAGAUCUGAUUACGGACUUGUAAAAACAAUUACAAAUAUAUAUAACCUGUUGGAAGUGGUAUGCCUAUAUAUUGGACUUUAUAAGGCUUUUAAAAAUAUAUGCAGAUCACCAACUUUUAACAAUUGGACUUGUAGUUCUCAUUGUUUACAGCCUUUUUUUUAUAAACAAAAUUCCUGCAGUAAUGACCAAAACUUAUUUUUAAAAUUGCUUGACUACUGCAGUCAGUUGCAGCUCUUAAAUUGAAUUCACCAUGGAAACCAAUUUCACCUCCAGGAAUUUACUGGUCCAACCUCUUUAUUGUACAGAUGAAGAAACGGAAAGCCAAAGAUGCGAGGUAGUUUACACAGUGUGAUACAGCUUAUAAUGGCAAAGCUGAGUGGAGGAUGCAGGUCUCCUGGAUCUUUGGUCCCAAGGUCUUGCCACUGAAAAGGUAUUUUGGAAUUCAGAGGGCUUUAAAAUAAAUUUUAAGUCAGAUGCACAAACAUUUAAUGAGCACUCAUGAGUUGGAUACACUGGGAAUCAUAAAAGCCUAAGAGGCAGCAAGACAUAUGCAAGUUUGUCUUAUUUAAAGCGACUUGUUGGAAGCUUACAAACCAAAAUGUUAAGAGAAACUGUAAAUGGUUGAACUACUGGUGAUUUUAUUCCUUUCCCCCCAAGUAUCAUAAUUAUACUUUCAGCUAACAUGUCAGUUUCAUAGAAUAUUAAUUCCUCUUAUUGUGCUUUUUUGGAUACUUCCAUGAAAAAACAAAAACAAAACAUUGCUCCCAAGCUUCCUAUAUUGGAUCAAUGGGAAAACAAAAUUAAGACAAGAAUUUUUCCUCAAUUUUACUUUAGGGAAGUAUAAAUCCAUUUACCUAUUACCAUAAAAUUUGUCUUUUAAAUCAGUUUAGAGAAUCAGCAUGUGUGCCUUGGAAAUGUUUCACCAUUAAAAGAUAACUUUAAAAAAAGACAUAUCUAUGGUGCUUUUCCAUCAGUAAAAUCUGAGUUAAGCUUCAGUAGCCCACUACAAUCUUUAAUGUCUCUUAAUCCCUCUCAUACGCUAUCCUAAAGGAAUUUCAAGAAGCUUGGUUGGUUUAUUGGCACCAACAGUGCAGAUAAAUUUGGAAGCAACUGUGGGCAUUGGCCCCUUUCAUACGAGGGCAUCUCAACCCUAAGAUAAGCAAACUUUUUCACCUCAAUGAUGAAUCAUGGGGAGGAGUGAUAUUGGUGGUGGUGGUGAUAAACCUUUCCUUUUGGCUUGCUUGUAUGCCAGGUAGCAGAAUCCAUCAUCCUUGUCUCAUCCUGGACAACAUGAGGCAGCUCCCAAACAUUUUUUGUAAUUUUUUGCAGGAAAAAUUUGCCUGAGGGCUGAAAUGUGGAUGUUUAGUCCAAUGAAUAUAUCACAUGUGGAGCAAGAUGAGAUACUCUAGCAGAUCUGCCCUUCCAAGAUGACAGCCAUUCAAAAAAUAUCGUGUUUACGGUGUUCCAUGCUUAGCACACACACAAUGCUAAGGCCAUGUUUGUGUUGUCUUUUACAUAGUUUAGCAAUAGGUAAUUCUACUCACACCCUCUCCUACCGUUUGGUUAGGUUACCUGUCAGGAACUCAUUUUGCUGCUGAUUGUUUCGGGAUUCCCAUAGUGGACUAUUUGUAAGAAUAGCAUGAAUUGUAGCCAAUCGUGUGCUACCCUACUGUUACGGAAGCUUAUAAAGAAGUUCCAGAAGACCCAAAGGAGACCACUGAUUUGUAUAUGGAGCCUGCCCUAGAUCCAGCCAAUCUCUGAAUCUCACCACAUCUUUAUUAAUAGGGAGGGAGCCUAGAAUAUAUGUGUGGCUGGUUGAGCAGAGGAUUUUGUAGUCUCAGUCACCAUGCACCAUGCAUUUAGGAAUACCCAGCUUUCUAGGCCACAUGAAAUGCAUCCUUGUAACAUCGACUGUAUUAGUUCAAUAAAUAGCCUUAGUUGAAUGGGA